UUAAAGGAACUAAUAUUGAAAAGCUUUUUGGUGUUCAGGAAAUAAUUCCGCACUAUAUUAAGCUUGUCUGAAUUGAAUCCAAUGUUCAAAACAACUUAGUAACUGGAGGCAUAUCACUACCACCGACCAAAGGUAUAUACUAUCAUUCAUCAGAGAUCAUAGGCCUACUUCUAGAGUAUUAUCAGCCUGUGCUUCGACAUGACGGUGGUGGAAAAGGUAACGCUGGUAAUAAAAGUGUGCUUAUGGACAAUGCUCACUACAGAAUUUGUUGCGGCAGGCCAGGAAAUUAGCUCAAGUAGCACGGAAAUCGGGCGAUUAUUGUUAAGGCAAGAUCGGCGUUUAAACCAUCGACUUAGCGUGUAUGGGUACGAAAAUUUCCAAACUGAGAGUAGCUCCGAGGAAAUCAGCUUAGAUUUUAAAAGAAAUUUCAUCAGCAGACACACGACCAGUGAUAUCCCGCAACAACGGAAACGUGGGCGUAACAGAUCAUCACCGAUACCAAUACCAGCACACGUACCAGCAAUCAGCAGAUACACGACCAAUGGUAUCCUGCAACAACGAAAGCAUGAGCGUAACAGCUCAUCACCGAUACCAAUACCAGCACACGUACUAGCACCAAUACAAGUGCUAGUGCCACAUGUGUUUACUGGUCCUCCCAUAGAUCCGUGUCAACCAAAUCCAUGUCACAAUGACGCCAAGUGCUUACUAAAGGAUGGUGUCAUUGAAUGUCAUUGUUCGAAGCAGUAUAUUGGAGAAUUUUGUGAAACUAUAAAUCCAUGUUUACCAAAUCCUUGUAAAAACAAAGGGCGUUGCCACUUAAACGAAAAGAGUUUUUCAUGUGAAUGUGAAAGACCGUACACAGGGAAGAUCUGUGAAACGUAUGUUUCAACCAAGAUUGGAUUGAAACUUAUGGAUUUAUUGAUGUUGAGUGGUAUCGACACCGGAACACUAAUGAAUACAUCUAUAUUUUUUGCUCCAACUGAUACGGCACUUAUGAAUACUCCCGAAGGAUUUAUAGAGAAUCUAAGCUCUGACCGGAAAGCAUUAACUGACUUUAUCAUGUGGCAUACAAUACCAAGAUGUACUUACCCGUUGACAGAUAUCUUGAAUAUGAAUAAGAUUGUGGUUCCUACCUCUGGGCUGGAUAAUUGGUGCCCUAAUGCAAUAAGUAAGCUGACAAAUGUUCAAACACAACUUAAUCAAGUUUGUGGGAGAGUUAUUGAUUUCGAUGAAUAUGAAGGAUCGAUUUUUAUAAUAAACAAGGUACUCAUGUCACCGACCAAGCAUAUUAUGGAAGUUCUGUCCACAGAUCCUCGUUUUACAGAGUUCUUCCAAUACGUGCAACACCUUGUACAUAUUCUGCGAAUAUUGGACCAAGAACAGGUUACAGUUUUAGUUCCAACAAAUAGCGCCAUCAAUGCAUUACCAAAAGACAUUAGAGAAGACAGAAGAAAGUUAAGGCGGGUUAUAUUGUACCAUAUAGUCAUAGGCCACGUGUGUUUCCCGGAAGUAUCGCCAGACGAUUCGAAUAUAUACAGCAAAGCUGUAGUGAAGUACACAGAAACUCAAGACCAAGUCAUCUUUCAAUUAAUCCACGGAAAAAGAUUAGUAAAUGACGUCAUAGUAAUUGAAAGAGACAUAGUUGCCCGUAAUGGUGUUAUUCAUUACAUUGAAAAUACUUUGGAUCCGUCAUAUGUAAACAUUUAGAAGUUAUAAUAACAACCAAAACAAGCAAAUAAUAUAAAAAUAAUACUUUAAAUAUAGGCCUAAAAACAACGAUAAUUUAUUGCAAUUAGAGUAAUAACUAUAAUGAUAAUAAUGGUAAUGUUAUAAUACUUUUGAUACUAAUGAUAAUAAUAUAGAUAUUAAUUAUUAUUAUUAUUUAGUACAGGACGGAAAGUGCAAAAUUGAACGUUCCGUAAUCCAUGUUGAAUGUCAUGUAACCUUGAUGAGUGAUAGCCGCAUCUCCGUAAACAAUUUUAUAUAAAAGUUAUGACAAUUUUCAAAAUGGUCUACUAUUCCCAUUUCUAUUAAUUGAUUUUUUAUUUUACUUACUUUUAUCUCUGUAAAAAUGGGUUUUAAUGUACAGCACUUUGAUCUUCGAAAAUUUAAUUGAAUAUUGUAAUUUGUACUUACCAUUUUAUUGAUUGAUUUUUUUUAUUACUUACUUUUAUCUUUGUAAAAAUGGUCUUUUUUUAAAAUA